CACCGCUUAUGGUCUUGUAUUUAUCCCGAUACAAGUCUGUUCGGCAGCCAUAGAUUUUUUCACGCUUGCCUGCGCUCGCUCGUGGCUGUCGCUCCGCUCAUCUAUGGCGGCUGCCGUCGAGCUCCCUUGCGCGCUGGUCGCCUCUCCCUGCCCCAGUCCGUCUCCAAGCUCCAGCCACGCCCCUGGUUCUAGCCAUGGCACUCCUUCAAGCUCGGUUCUUCUCUCUGCGCAGGAUCCUCUCCCAUGGCGAGCUGCUGGCGCUGUUCCCUCUGCGUCCGUCGCUCUGCCCUCUGCUCAGAUUCCAUCGGACCGCGCCCCUCUGCUCUGUUGCCGCGAGCAGCCGCGCCCAGCUCUACUCCUCUCUCCCUUGCCACGGAGCUCCUGUGUGCGCGCUGUUCCUGCUCGCCGAGCGGUUAUUUGCCCUGCGCACCGUGCUCCCUGCUCUCUCUGUGCGGCUCCCCAAGUCCGGUGCCCAGCUGUGCUCGCGAGUUUCUCCUCCGCGCGUCCUGCUUGCUCUCUGCCUGUUUCCAUGGCGUCCUGUUUUCUGCGCGCGUUUCUCGGCGCCCGACUUCCUCUGCUCGGACUGCGGCAUCCCUGCUCGGAGCUCCCUGAUGCCGAGCCCAUCUCCCAGUCCAUGGCCGCGCGCAGCUGCUUGUGCUUUGUGCGCGCGCCGUGCUUCUCUGCCGGUGCCCAAUCCUCCCUGCUCGUGCUGUCGUCGAAGCUUUUGGAUACGCGCGCCCAGCUGACCUUCCUGUGUCGCGCCCCGACUUUGCCCAACGCCCCGUCGAGCUCCUCUGUCGAGCGCCGUGGAGCCUGCGCGCUCGGUUCUGUCCAGUUCGCGUACUGCUCGCCUUUGCGUCGCGCGCGUAGCGUUCUGUUGUUCCUGCGCGUGCUGCCGCGAAGCUCCUGUUCAGUUCGCCUUCGUCGCGUUUGUCGUCGAGUUGUUGAACCCGUCAUCUCCGGCUCGAUCCCCACCUCACCAGCUCGCUCCAGACUUCAAUUGAAGGUCGUCGUCGAUCCGUGCGUCAUCAAGAAAUUCCAAGAGUCAAGUGAAGACGGAGCCAGCAACGUGAUAUUCACUAACGGUGUGAUUGGUAGCCUGUUCGAUCGAGUACGUGCAUCAGCACACGCAGCAUCUUUUACUUUGAAGCUGUUUGGUUACCUGUGC